UGGUCAGUUGACAAGAUGUAUGAAAUUGUCUUACUAGUCGCAAUAACUGCCUCAUUAUUUCCGGGGACAGUUCAGCUUCAUUGUUGCAUUCAUUCUCAGCUAGAAACUUAUGUUGAUGAACUGUCUUUUGUUCCUGGGGGUCGAGGAAGCACUGUUUUAAGAGACACGUGUUAUGAUAUCGGGACCAAACGAAAAGCUUUCCAUGUUUUUCGUGAUUCAAUACACGAUGAAUACGACGCCAUUAUCGACUACCGGAGUUUUUCUUCAUUUCGGAAUAUGUCAUAUUCGUGGGCCAAGGAGGUGUGUAACGUAACGUACGCAGGUCAUUUUCAUGAAAUUUGCUUUCCAGAAGAAAAGUUGGUACGAAAAUCUUCCAUGGGAGUUUUUCCAGACAUCAUUAAACUGAACACUUAUCUGAUUCAAAGCGAACGUUUCCGUUGGUCCAUCACUGUUGGAAAAAUCUGCACUCCUGUUGAACUGAAAAGACAAAACGACGAUUCCCUGAAUCUGAUGCGUUUAUACAACAUGACUUUAGGAAUAAAAAAUGAAUCGGUUUUCACACCACCAAAAAUAUGUUUUAAAAUUAAAGGCAAGAAUCACAAAUCACAAAAAACGCACCAAACCCCUCUGCUUUAUCGAACUGCAUCGAUGUUUGGGAUACCACGUGGACAGUUUCCUUAGGGUAUUCAAACUGAAACGAAAUAGUAGAUGGUUCUUCUUCUUUCGAUGCUAUGAAUUAAGUUUUUUGGGGCCAUUUCAAUGAGAUGCUUUACAAGUGGUUACAAAAAUAAUUGUCCUGUUUUGUUUUGGGGUUUUUUUUUUCGUUUUCAUAACAUUUUGUUCAUUUCCGUUAUGAAAUGCAAACAUAUCAUCAAAUACCAUAUCAGAUCGUUAUAUAGCAACAAUUUCAUGGUUUCUUCUUUUACAUUUAUCUUCUCUUUAGCCGGGAUAUUGACAAAUAUUUAUUGUGGGUAAAAAAAUAUGAAAAUAUCAACACAUUUAUCCAUUCGGACGUUCUCCAUACACUGCAAUUCUUUUUAAAUCAUCAGUGUAUUUUCAUGUUGUUUGUAAAGCAUUACCAUUAACAUUUUUCUUUCUCUUUUUUCACUUAAUUUGAAA